CCAGCUGACCGUUCAGCUGCAGCUCCAGUUUCGCUGUUGGUCCUGUGGAGGGAAAAGAGAAGUUUGUGGUCGAAGAAAAGUCGAUAAAAUUUCACUUUUCGUGGGUGUGACGGACGGAUAGUUGACGAUAAAGACGCAGAAACUCCCCGCCAACCUGUUUUGAUGAACUGGAAUCGCUCAUGAAAAUAUUUCGCGAUGAAAACUGAGGUGUCCACUGCUGUGAACUUCAUUACCAAAUUACUGAGAGGAACUGGGCUCCUUUCAGAAGAGCAGCUGCACCACUUCAGCCUUUCACUCGAAGAAGCUCUGGGAGAGCAUUAUCAACACCACUGGUUCCCAGAUGCUCCGUGCCGAGGUUCAGGUUACAGGUGUAUUAGGAUCAACCACAAGAUGGACCCUUUGAUAGGUAAAGCCGCCCUCACCAUCGGACUGACCAGAGAACAGCUGUUCUCGCUGUUACCGAGCGAGCUGACCAUGUGGGUUGACCCGUAUGAAGUGUCCUAUCGGAUAGGAGAAGACGGUUCCAUUUGCGUGCUCUAUGAGUCCACACCUCCGCCAAAGAUGGACCCGAGCUCUGCGGACAGCUGUAAAGAAGAACUGAGAAUUGGCCGGUCGAGCCCCUCCAAGCCAUUUAACAUGAUGACCGUUUCGAGCUAAUGUCACACUGAGCUGUCUGGGUCGUCUUUGUUUUACUUUUUUCACUUUUCACGUUUGGGCAUUAAGUCUUUUUUUAAUUAGUGAUGAUUUGUUUUAAUGAUUCAGGAAAAUUGAUAUAUUUUGUUUCAUUUUUAACACCUGUAAAUUUGUGUAAAUGUUUUAUAAAUUCUGAUUAAAGAUUUCUUGAAUUU